AUGGCUAAUGGAACAGUAGUCUUUCUUGCCCCAAAUGGUGCCAACCAAGCAGGCCAGAGGCUUCCUGGUGCUACAAUCAUCCAGCCACCAGGAACAGUACAAUAUGUGCAGUAUGGAGGCCAGCCAGUUGGAAAUCCCAGCAACCCGCAAGUGGGACCACUGGAGAAAUUUCUCAAAGUGGAGACCAAGACUCUGGGGGCCAUCCAGAUCUUUAUUGGAUUGAUACACAUUGGCUUGGGUGCUAUCUCAGCUGCUAUUUGGGGUCGAUUCUACCUUUCUAUUGCAACUAUUGGCGGAUAUGUAUUCUGGGGUGCACUGUUUUUCAUUAUUUCUGGAUCCCUGUCGGUGUCAGCUGAGAAACAUCUUACUCCAGGACUGGUGAAUGCCAGUGUGGGAAUGAACAUCACAAGUGCUAUAAUGGCAUUAACUGGCACCAUUUUAUUGCUAGUAGACGUGAUUUUAAAUUGUUUUUAUUCUUGUCCAUACGACUAUGACUGUUACUGGGAAAGAUCUAUAGGUACUGGGAUCUCUGUUCUGCUCCUCUUGUUCAGCCUCCUGGAGUUUUGCAUCACUGUUUCAACAGCACAUUUUGGGUGCCAGGCAACCUCCUGCUGCCGCAGUGCUCAGCAGCCAGUGGUUUUUGUGCCCUACACUGUCAGUGAAAAUGUAGUGGCUCCCAGUGAAGAGUACCCUUCACCUCCUCCAGCCUAUAAUGCUGUAGAUUCAUCUCCCAAUAGACAAUGA